CCCCCCCCCUCUAGACUUUGUAUCUCACCACUUUGGGACCACCAAUUGGUAUCAGAGCAAACUUCUCACUAUCUACGUUUAGAUUAACGAGAAGCGAUCAAAAUGGUGAACAAUAUGGAUCACGGUUUGCCCAAGUUUUCUCUUCUAGGUUAUGAUGAUUGGAAGAUCAUGAUGGAAGCACACCUCUACGCUCUACAUGACUGUAUGUGGAUGGUGCUUGAGGAUGGACCCUUGAAAAUCCAAAUGGAGAAUCCUGAGAGGAAUCCAGCAACUCCAGACGUAGUCCAGUACAUUCCAAAGCCCAAAGAAAAAUGGGAUGAUAGAGAUUGCAAAAAGCACAAUCUGGACAAUGUCGCCAAAGCAGCCAUCUUCAAGACACUUGAUCCCAUCACCUUCCCCAAAAUCAAACAUCUCAAGACUGCCAUGGAGAUAUGGCAAGGUCUUGGGAAGCUAUGUGAAGGAUCAGAGGACUUGAGAAAGCAGAAGAUAGAAGUCCUGCUUGAGAAGUUCAAAGGCUUCAAAAUGCUUCCCGGAGAAUCAUUUGAUAUGUUGGAUGAAAGAUUCCACAAAAUCUUAAAUGAUCUUGCCUCACUUAACCACGUUCUUUCUCCCAAAGAAAAGAAUGUAAGGUUGCUGAGAUCUCUUCCAGCUGAGUGGUACACCAAAGCCACAGCCAUGGAAGAAGGAAGAAACCUGGAAAACUACACUGUCCAGGGUCUUCUUGAUGAGCUCAGAACCUAUGAGCACGAGCUGAAGAAGAAGAAGGAAGAACAAGUCACUCCCUUCCCCACAGCACUGAUGACAACUCCCAGAGUCCCAACAAGUAAAGGGACAUGCCCAAGAAGCUGUGACACCCCUUCCCCCAGCCAGCCGUCCAGCUCAAAAAUGGAGAACUACGAUGAGGAAUUUGCCAUGAUGAUCAAGCAAUUCCGGAAGUUCAAAAAGUUCUUCAAGAAAGCUGACUCAGUCAGAAGGCCACCCAAGGGAAAACCACAGGUAAGUGACUCUCCUCCUGAAUCUUAUUUGUGUUAUAACUGCAGGAAGCCUGGCCACUGGAAGUCGGCAUGCCCGUACCCAAAGGUGGAGAAGCACGGAGAAAGAGAAAGAAACGAGAAGAAAAAGAAGGCAAUGGUAGCUGCUGAAAGUGAUGAGUCAUCCAGCUCAAGCUCGGAUGAGGAAGCCCUCGUCUGCAUGGAGCGCAGAGUUGAAAAGUCCAAUCAAGAGGAUAAGUGGACUAUGUCAGAAGAUGACUCUCUCUGCCUAAUGGCCAAAGAUGAUGCUGAUCAAGAGGUAACUUCACAAACCUCCUGCUCAUCUUCUUAUGAAAGCAUACCAACUUCUGAAAAUCUUUUUGACCAGUUCAAAAAGAUGAUGGUAGAUUUUGAAGAAAUAAAUCUCAAGCAUUCUUCCUUAACAGAGGAGAACAAACUAUUGAGUGAAGAGAAUCUCAAGUUGACUGAAGGUCGGAAAAGUCAACUGGAUGAGAUCACUCAACUCAAGACUGAAAAUGAAUCUCUCUCUGAAAAGGUGAAAUCCCUUAACAAAGAACUAGGGAUACUUAAGUCCAAAGAAGCAGUGGAUAAGCUUCUUGAAACGACCAAUCACAAGGGUCGCAAAGGACUUGGGUUUGACCCCUCCAGUUCCAAAAGGAAAGGGAGAACAACUUUCAUCCCUCCUAAACCUACUGCCAAACCAAAUGAGCAGAAAGGAAAGGAAAAGGAGAAACCAAGAGAAGUUCCCAAAAAGGUAGUCCCUCCUAAGAACUAUAGGAAGCUGGACAGACCCCAAAGAGAAAAUGAUUUCAGAAGAAAACCUUCUAACCCCCAUGAUACACGAGGCUACACUCAUUAUGGGGUAGAUAGAAGUUUUCCAAGAAAUUCUGAGUGGAGAACUAUGCCAAGAUAUAGUCACACUCCACCCCAGAAACUAUUUGUGCCACCUAAGUAUGAUUAUAACAGACACAGGCCACACUAUGCACAACCUAGACAAUAUCAUAGGUCUUAUCAACCUAGGUUUGCUAGGAGGAAACAGGAAAUUGCACCUCCUGCACGUAGGAAGUUUUAUGCCUACAACUAUGAUUACAAUCCCAACAAGUUUAAAGCUGCAAGGAAAAUUCCCUGCAACUUCAAACUUGAUGUAGGGACACACACCAUUAACUACUCCGGACCCAAACUUAAUUGGGACAUGGCAUCUCUCAAGAACAUCUCCACAAAUGAAGUCAUUCUCACUGGGAAGAGGAUCAGAAACAUCUACGAAGUAAUGUGGGAUAAUGUCAAGGAAGCUUGUCUAAUCAGCAAAGACAAGAAUGAAGAAGUCAACGAAGGAGAUAGAAUGAAGUCUACGGAGUUCAUUCCAUUCAGAAGUCUGCCACUAAAGACUUCGCGGAGAAAUCCGGAUUCAGACAAUGCUGAGCCUUCCGGAAAUGUUGGUCAGCCUUCCAAUAUUCCGGAUCUCUCAAACGGCGACAAUUCCGGAAAUGGCGACCCAGUGCCAAUCCAUCCGGAAACACCAACAACCUCUGUUCUUCAACCAGAAGCUGAACUAGAUCAACCAGUCAAUCCCAAUCAACAUAAUCUUCGUUGGUUAAGGGAUCAUCCUCCUCAACAGAUCAUUGGAGAUUUUCAAUCUGGUGUUCGCACAAGGAGUGCCCAACAGAAUCUAGAAGCUAUGCUUGCUUGCGCUCAAGAACUCACUGAAUUUCUUCAAAUGGAAAUUCGCCUCAAAUUCGAGGAAGAAGUUCUUGAAUUCUACAGGAAUGGAGAAGUCAAAACUGCUAAAUCAAAGAAGGACCCACAAAGGACAUUCCCAGUCAUCAAAUCAACUGUGGGAGGAAUCACAGUGAAGCUUUCGCAGAAGAAAUUGGGAGAAAAGCUUCACCUCCCCAAUUCUGGAGUUGAAGUUGGAAAACUUCCAGUCAAAAAUCUGGACUGGAAUGUUGUUGGAAUUUCUGGACAAAUUCCUUCUGGCCAAGCGAAGAAAGCAGAUCUAAACAACGAUUACAAGUUGGUCUUAGAACUGAUCAUCGCCUGCCUCGAAUGUGGAAGUGGAGGUCAUGCAGAUGACAUCACCCAGGAGAUAGCCUUCAUCAUCAACGCUCUCAUUACCAAAACUAAGGUAAACUGGGCUGCACACUUUUUCAAUUCCAUCUCAAAGCAUUUGGGAAAGCCCAAUCAGAAGUAUCUAUGUCAAGGCUUGUAUAUUGGACAUGUUUUGGAAUCUAUGGGCGCUGCAGUAAAAGGGAAAAAGUAUGAAGCCAGGUACUGGCUAUACUACUUAUCCUCCAAAGGAGAAAACAGAGCCAGUGCUAGUGCCACUGCAGAAGAGAGCUCAUCAGAUAAUGUCCUACUCAUUCAUAUGGCAAAGACUGCCAAGAGAAAGCAAGUGGUGUCCCCCUCUCCAAGCAUUGAGGCACCACAGAACCUUACCUUGGCAUGUUUGGAAGAAGAAGAAGAAGAAGUCUCUGACCAUGGAGAACUUCAAAGGAAGAAAAAGAGAAAGAUCAACUCUCCAUCUGGAAAUGUCAAUCCGGAUGAGUUGAAGGAGAAGGAAAAUGCUGAGGAAUCCGCUGCUCAAAACUGGAGUCCUCAACAAUUUGAAGAAGAAGAAACUCCUCAAGUCCCAAGCAUUCCAACUUCCUCAUCUCAGCCUCAUAUAGAUGAUGCUGACAACAAAUUCUGGCAGCUCUACUAUAAUUGGAGAGCUUGGAAAGUUGGAAAUUCAGAAGAGCAACUGUUGGAUUGGGACCAACAGCUGAAGAAUGAGAAGAUUAUCAAGAAGUGCUUAGGUAUUCCAGUCAACCACAACUGUGAAGAUAUUUUGAAUGAUUACUGGCUCUACUAUAAUUGGAGAGCUUGGAAAGUUGGAAAUUCAGAAGAGCAACUGUUGGAUUGGGACCAACAGCUGAAGAAUGAGAAGAUUAUCAAGAAGUGCUUAGGUAUUCCAGUCAACCACAACUGUGAAGAUAUUUUGAAUGAUUACUGGGUAUGGCAAAAGAACCCAGAAGACCUGCAUAUGGAAUACCUGGCCAACAAACUAGUUUCAGACUGUGAAGCAGAUGAUGAAGACACUGCUGUCUUCAAGCCAGUAUUCACUAGAGUCACAGAAGAACAAAUGGCUCUCACCUAUGAAGAAAUAGCUGUUUUGGAAGCAACAACUGAGGACUUCCCUAUCUUUCCGGAAACCUCAGCUGCGUUUGAAAUGGUUCUGACUGAAACUAUUCAAGAGAAGGCAGCCUCUCCCCCACAAGAGCAGAACCAGGAAGCAACUGAAGAAGAAGAAUUUCAGCGACUGAUUCAAUCUCAAGUGUUCGAGAUCCUCACUACUCCUUGUGAGAUCUCCAAUCAGACACAACUUGAGAUUCUGGAAAAGUCAGCAGCAAUUCCGGAACAGUCAGCUAUUCCAGAUACCAUAGAGCAAGCUAUUGAAGUACAAAGGCAUUCUGAAGAAGCUGAAAAGGAAACUCAAAUGGCAGAAGUGGAGCUCUCUAAAACUCCAGCAGCCAUCUUUGAAGAACAGAAUGCACAUGAAGAAAGAGACUCCCUCUCUAGGGACAUAUCAAACUUUGCCCUUGAUGAAGCAAUAGGAAUAUCUGAAAGGACACUAAAGGUCACUGAUGAAGAAGAUGUACAAGAAGAUGCUGAAUCUCUUCCUUUGCAACUCUUCCAAAGGACAUCAUCUCCUCAUCAGGUAACCAAUUUUCACUUCCAUAGCUCUUCAACCCCUACCCUUCCGGAUGAGAUACCGGAAAUCUGGACAAAGAAGGUCCAAGGGCUGAUUGAAUCAGUCCUAGCAUCUCAACAUGCCUCCUUUAGGCAAGAGAUAGAGCAAAUGGAAGCCAAGUACACACAACUGCUAGAGAAAUCAGAAGAGAAACAUAGCGCUGAUCUCAAGGAGAUAAGUAAAUCUGUAGACCAGACUCUAGAGAUCAUCUCUCUAUUGAGCAAAACUGUGAGUAAUACAAUGGAAGUAUACACCUCUGACAGUCAAAUGCAAUUCAAAGAAUUCAACAAAGUCAAGGAGCAAAUAGCAAGUGUCACAGUUAGUCUACAAAAGCAGAUGUCCCUUCUCCAAAUGGACAUCAGAUCAGCCCUAGCAGUAGCUUCAGCAAAUCAGGUAGUAAUCAAGGACUACUUGAAGGUGAUUAAUAACAAUCAAAAGGAAGCAUACAAGAUGUUCAGACUUCUUGGUGCAAACUCUGGGAACCGCAAAAUGGAAGUGAUUCUCCAACAACACAAUCCAUCUCCAAUACCCCAGCUACCCAUUGCAGUCAAUGAAGGAGAAGCAUCUUAUAUCCCUUCUCAUCUGAACAUGACAAAUCUGAUUCUUGGAGCACAGCAAAGGAAUCCGGAAAGCUCAGCUCAGCAUCUGUCCAGUUCAGGACUGGAUGGAACAGAGUUUAUAGGUGCAGUAGCUGACAACUUCUCAGAUGAUGCUCAAGCAGAGGAAAGGCGUGAGAAUCUAAGGCGCAUCAAAGAACUCUGUGGAAACAUGCAAGGCAUCAGUGAGGUUGCCGGAUCUUCCAAGCGCAAGAGAAACUGAAGGUUUAUUUCAUCAAACCAGGGGGAAAAAAAUAUCUAUAAUAUUUUUAAAUAUUAUUAGAAAUAUUUUCUAUAGAAAUAUACAAGAUUAUUAUUAUCCCAAAUUUUAAUCUUUAUAUUUUAUACUACUAUAAUCUUUACUAGCAUAAAGAUUGUGGUAGACUCCGGCGUUGUUCGUGUGUCAAAGUUGGAGACCGGACGCUUGAACGGUUACGUUUGCACUUUCAACGCUCUUCCUACGACUUCUUCGUUUUUACUGCUUACCGAGAAAGGUAUAAAUUUCUUACUCACUA